CACACUCUUCUUUCAAGCAAAGACAGUGGGAUAGACAAUUAAAUCAGCACUGUAUUUGCAUAAUUCGUGAAGAUGAAGCUAAAACUGUCACUAUUAUUCUUCAGCUAUUUGAGCCUGGUUGCUCUUGUUAAUGGAGCCGAUAAUGAAAGAAAGACGUAUAUUGUGUACAUGGGAGAAAUGCCGGAAUAUAGGAUAUCUGCAGUGGAUCAACACCACAACCUUCUGCGUGAAGCAAUCAAAGAUGAAAAGAUAGCCAGAGAAUCCAGGAUAUAUAGUUAUGAGCAAAGCUUCAACGGAUUUGCGGCCAGACUGUUGCCUCAUGAAGCAGACUGGCUAUCUCAGCACGAGAGUGUUGUUUCAGUGUUCCUGAGCAAAAAGCUCAAGCUACACACCACAAGAUCAUGGGAUUUUCUCGGAAUGAAUUCCAAAAUUCCCCGAAUGCCUCAAGUAGAAAGUAACACCAUAGUGGCUCUCCUCGAUACAGGUGUAUGGAUCAAAUCAGCAAGUUUCAAUGAUGAAGGCUUUGGACCCCCACCUUCAAAAUGGAAGGGCAAAUGCGACAAGGGUGUUAAUUUCACUGGAUGCAACAAUAAAGUGAUUGGUGCUCGAUACUUUAAUCUUGCCGGUGCUGCUGACGAUGACCCGCUAACUCCGGCUGAUUUGCACGGACAUGGAUCGCAUACAGCCUCUACUGCUGCCGGAGUAGCCGUCCCGGAUACCAACUUGUUUGGACUGGCUAAUGGAAUCGCCCGAGGAGGCGUUCCUUCAGCUCGCAUCGCGAGUUAUAAAGUGUGCUGGAGCAAAGGCUGCCAAGACGCGGAUCUCUUAGCUGGUUUCGAUGCUGCCAUUGCUGAUGGUGCGGACAUAAUAUCAGUGUCCAUAGGAGGAUCUACCACUACUUUUCUAGAUGAUCCGAUCGCCAUUGGCGCUUUCCAUGCCAUGAAGAGAGGAAUCUUGACUCUUUGUGCUGGAGGAAAUGACGGGCCUGAAUUUUCAACUGUUGAAAACACUGCUCCCUGGAUCAUGACUGUUGCUGCUUCUAGUAUAGAUCGACAGUUCCAAUCGCUGGUCAGAUUAGGCGACGGAACCAAAAUUCCUGGAAUUUCUGUCAACACAUUUACAGCAGCUAAGCAGCAGUACCCUUUGCUGAAUGGAUUCCUCGCAAGGAAAGAAAGUCCCAAGAAUUCGAGUGCCUGCGAGUCGGGGUCUUUGAGGGAGGACAAAGUGAAAGGACGAAUAGUAUACUGCCAGGGCUCCCUGGGUCAAGAUACUAUCAUCAAAGAAUUAGGCGGGAUUGGAAUCAUCACUUCCAUGGAUAGCUUCACUGAUACCGCAUUUCCUGCUGUGAUAUCUGCUUCUUCUGUUACCGUCACCGAUGGUCAGAAGAUCGACCGCUAUAUCAACUCUACCAAAGGCGCAGCCACAGCUGUUAUAGACAAGUCGGUAACCGUCAGCUUGACUGCUCCUUCCAUUGCAUCCUUUUCAUCUAGAGGACCUCAAAUCAUCACGAACAACAUUCUCAAGCCUGACAUUGCUGCACCGGGGAUAGAUAUAUUGGCAGCAUAUUCCCCGGCAGUGACAAUGAGCGGUGAAGCAGGAGAUAACAGGCUCGUGAACUAUAAUGUUAUUUCAGGAACCUCAAUGGCUUGCCCUCAUGUUGCAGCUGCUGCUGCUUAUGUCAAAACAUUUCAUCCCAAUUGGUCUAUAGCUGCUAUCAAAUCUGCUUUGAUGACCACAGCCAAACCAAUGAAGGUUCAGCCUGAAGGCGCAGAGUUGUCUGCCGGGGCUGGGCUAAUCGACCCUGUGAGUGCACUGAAUCCUGGAUUGAUCUACGAAGCGGAUAUGAACUCGUACAUCACUUUCCUUUGCAAAGAAGGCUACAAUAGCUCAGACAUUGGUCUCAUCAGCGGAAACAAAACAAAGAGUUGCUCAAGUUACCCAUCUGCAAAAGGGAGUGAUGGUCUCAAUUACCCUACCAUGCAACUACGAGUUAAUCUAAGUUCUACUACCAUUUCCGCUGUCUUUUACAGGACAGUAACAUAUGUUGGACAAAACAAAACCAUGUACAAAGCAUCAGUCACGGCACCCAAGGGACUAAUGGUCACAAUUGUUCCAAACACUCUCUCGUUCUCAAAGCAAAAUGAGCAACAAUCCUUUCAGGUAUUGCUCAAUGGAAGCUUCGUUGGAAAUAAGCCUUGGUUCAUUUCAGCAUCACUAGUGUGGAGUGACUCUAAGAAUAAUGUGAAAUGUCCUAUAUUAGUCUAUAAGCCACUAUAUUAGCAUUAACAUUCACUUUUUGCCAGUACAUCUAUCCACCAUAUAAAUUGAUCAAGGUUUCGUGACAGUGAGUAAUUUCAAUGCAACCAGUACUCUUUGAAAAAAUGUUCCAGAAAAAUAUUAUUUUGUAAAUAUGGAUAUUAUUAGGGGGACGGAGGAAAUAAUUAACUCUUGAGUAUCAAAUAUAAUUACGUAAAAUAUUUUUCACCUUAAAUGCC